UGUGACCGGUCGCGCUCCAUAGAGAUAGACGCUUUUCUUGUCUGCUCUACUUGAAGGGGGUAAAAGGCAUUGCUCGAUCGCACGAGACUUUAAAAGUCUCCCAAACUUUCAAUCCAGACUUAGUCACGACACGCGAUCCUCAACUGGCGGAGCUCUAUUGUCUAGAUUUCUUUGCAAGUAAAGAUUUACUUGCAGUUUUCAAGUCGCACACAAUUCCCCAUCAAAGUUUCUGGUUGAAGUUGUGAAGUUUCUCAGGAUUGCAGUAAAAAAAAAAAUUAAAAAAAAGCGGAGUGGAUCGUGGAUCGGUCAGUUGCCCAUAUAUUGAAUCCGUAUUUGUUCCAGGACAUUUCUGCUGGCUCUGACAAAGGGAGAAGAUUUUGCUGAAUACUGCAGGAUAAUUCUGUGAAAAUGGAUUUCUUCAGGUCUUUUGCAGGACUUGCAUCUAUUCUUACGGCUUUCAUGGGACCAACAACUCCUCCAAGCUCCGAAGUAUGUUUCGGCAAAGUUGGUUGCUUCUCAAACAUCCUACCCUGCCACUCCUUCGAAAUGUCCCGCCCCGAGGACAUCAACACCCGAUUCUUUCUCUUCACUCGUCUCAACCGUGACAAGGCUCAGGAGAUCACGUGGAGAGAUGUAAUAACCAUCGAAGAGUCGCAAUUCAAUGGGACCCGCCCCACCAAGUUUGUCAUCCAUGGUUGGAUCGAGAAUACGCGUAAAUCUUCCUUUAUUAAGAUGAAGAACACCCUUCUAGAUAAUGAGGACGUCAACGUAAUCAUGGUUGACUGGCGUGGUGGGUCUUUGGAUAUCUAUGAGAAUAGUGUACAGAACAUUCGUGUGGUCGGCAGGGAGAUUGCCAUCUUGGCUCGUAAGCUGGACCGUCUUUUCAAUGCACCUCUUUCCAGUAUGCAUGCCAUCGGUCAUAGUCUUGGUGCCCACACGGCUGGAUAUGCAGGGUCGGAGUUGUCAGGUUUUGGACGUAUUACUGCCAUGGAUCCAGCUGGUCCUUACUUCCGCGGCCCACAGCUUCAUCCAGACUGCAGAUUGGACAGAACAGACGCCCUCUUCGUCGAUGUCAUCCAUACUGACGGCACAAACACCUCUUCCUUUAUCAUGGGGAUGAACGGUCUAGGUCUACAAGAACAGAUUGGACACCAGGACUUCUACCCUAACGGAGGCAAACACAUGCCUGGAUGUCUUCCACUAACCCAUUGUUCCCAUUACCGUGCCGUCUACUACUUCACCCAGAGUAUUUCUACCUGUUCCUACCAGGCAACCCACCGUUGUGAUUCCUGGGAUCUCAUUGCGAACGUCAAAUCACGCUGUCCAGCCUAUCCUGCGCGAAAGAAGGGAAAGAUCUCCAAACCUCGCAUGGGAUAUUACGCUGACAGUUCCCACGGUGAGGGCGCGUUCUAUCUCAGGACCGGAGGUUCUUUUCCAUACUGUUAGAUAAGAUGCAUCUCAUCAGAACUCAAUGGACUUCCUGUAUGGCCGAUGUGGUGAUGUUGACCAGAAUGGAGAAGGACAUAUCCGAACUUUAAACUGCUGCAUAGUGUUAGCAUUAGCAUCGU